AUGCAGGGAUCUUCAUCCAAGCGAUUCAGUCCAAUCUGCUCAUCUCCAUUGUUUCCUUGCCGAGCAGCGAGCAAAUCAAUCAUGUUUUCGCUCGCUUCUCCCGUCUCCCCCGCCGUCGCCGCCAGCCCCAGGACUCCUCGGCUCAGGCGCACCUUCUCCAUCUCCGCCUCCGCCGCGGUGGUCAGCGCUCCGGCGCCGACCACCACUAUGUACGACCUGCUCUCCGUGCCCAACACCGCCGGGGCCAACGAGAUCCGGAGCGCGUACCGGCGGCUGGCCCUGCUGUGGCACCCGGACUCGUGCCGCUCAGCGGGGGACGAGCGCCGCUACGCGGAGCGCUUCAUGGAGGCGCGCGAGGCCUACGAGGUGCUCUCCGACCCCGUCCGCCGUCGCAACUACGACCUCUCCCUCUCCGGGGACCGCUGGGCCUCCGCUGUCGGCGCCGCCACGGCCUUCCGCGAGGGCCGCCCUCGCAAGCAGGAGGCCGGCGUCACUGCGUUCGGGAACUGGGACAUGCAGCUCGACGGACUCGGGAGGAGGUCCGCCGUGGCGGACACCGGCGAUGAGACCUGGGGCGGCCGCUUGCGCCGCGCCCGCCGCGCCCGCUCCGCCGAGCAGUGCGUUUGA